AUGGAGGUUGAUCGUGAUUUAAUUGACGACGCUUACAUUGAUUACAUUAAAAGUCAAUGGCGCAACAAUAAUUCAAAGGACAUUGUAAUGGGUUCUCGUAUUAGGUUUUACUAUUUUCGUAUCGAUUAUGCUAGUGGGAAACAACAUUACAAUGGUGAGCUGGUUUUCAAGGAAAAUAAACUCGGUGGAACGCCUGUGACAUUUAUGAAUGCGUAUGCUAAGGCUGGAACUAAAUUGAGUGUUGAAGAAAUUUUUAGGUUAAACACAAGGGUACCUGAUAAAAGGAUUCUCCGCCCAUGGAUAUAUACAUUUUGCAAAUCGAAAUCAUUUGGUGGUGCGUGCAGUGUGGCUGAAGAAAAUAUGGUGAAGGGUUGGUGGAGCUUGUGUUAUGACAAGGAAUUAAUAGAGGCAAUUGCUCACAUUCAUGAUUGUGGGCUCUUCCAUGGUUCGUUGAGCGAAUAUUAUAAUUAUGUUGUUGGGGACCAAGUAAAACUAUUUAACAUCGGUGGUUGCUUGAAGGGCCUUAGUGUAGAUAACCAACAUUCAAAGAAAAUCCAAGAUUUCAAAGACUUCAGGGACUUUCUGAAGAAGCUAAUGCCAGCCAGAUCUCCUAAAUGGAAUGAGCGUGAUAGUUUUCUUAAAUGUUUUGACGAAAAAGUAGACAGCUAUGAAAAAUAUGUUGAGAAAUUGAAGAAUCACCCUUUUUUAUUGACUCCUUAUAAAAGGGUGAAAUAUAUUACUGGUAUUUAUUAUGAUGAUAAGUUUGGUGUGGAGGACAAGUUGAACCAGGGUUCUGAAUUUCAAAAGUUCCGUGGUUGGACCAGAGGCAGACAUAAGUUGAAGCCAUUCUUGCGUGCAAUACUCGAGUCUCGUAAGGGCGUCGUUUUUAUGGGUGCACCUGGGCGUAGUAAGCGAAGCUCCUGCGUUAUUGAUUUCGAAAAAUCCAACGCCCAGAGUUUUAUCCAUCUCUGA